UGUUUUUAGGGAUUUGAAUGGGGUUUUCUUCCGGUGUCCCAUGAUUUUGGGUAUGGUUGUGGAGGAGAAGAAAUUCCAGGUAUGGAAGCUAUUUUAGUGGGAUUGAUUGCUUGUAUGUGGUACAUAUUGCAGUCAAGUUGUUGUUAUCAAAGUUCUGAAUAUGGACCCGGGUAUAGUGAAAAAACGGAGGGGAGUGAAUAUGGAUCUGGGUAUGGGGAAGAACAACAACAGGACAAUGGGUAUGGUUAUGGAGGGAGGAGUGAGUAUGAUGAGAAACCUAGCUAUGGGAGCCAAGGAGGUGUUGAGAAUGAUUAUGGGCAUCCACCUCAGGAGGAGGGCUACCGAAAGCCUUGCUAUGAGAAGCGUGAUGAUGAGGGCUAUGGACACAAGAAAUAUUCAAUAUAGGUGAGCUGGAUAGCCUACUGUCAGUUCAGUUCAAGUGGAUCAUAAAGAAGAACAAAGAAUGAGUAGAAGACCACCUCCUGAUCCCGUGGCAGUGCUAAGAGGCCAUCGAGCUUCGGUCACAGACAUUUCUUUUCAUCCCUUUAAGCCGAUAUUAUUCUCCGGUUCUGCUGAUGGUGAAGUCCGAAUUUGGGAUACCCUUCAACAUCGAACUGUGUCAUCUGCGUGGUUACAUAGUGCUGCACAUGGUAUUGUUGCUGUUGCUUGUGCUUCUUCCCUCGGAACCAAUAAAUUUGCCAGCCAGGGUAGGGAUGGAACUGUAAAAGUUUGGGAAUUUGAUGAUGCCGGUUUGUCAAGGAUCCCAUCACUUACAAUCAAGACAAACAGUUACCACUUUUGCAAAUUUUCCGUGAUGAAGAAUGAUUCUGUUGGGUCAACAGAAGGGAAAGAAUUAGAAGAUUGCAACAGAAGAGACCCAGGAGGAAUGUCUGAUAGAGAAAUUCUGGAGGUUAAAAGGGACGAGGCUUACACCAAUCAAAGUUGUUCUAAAAGCUUUGGAGAAAAUACAUAUAGUGGAGGGCUACAAUAUGUGGCUUUGUCAGGGGAGAACUCUUCAGAGGUCGAAAUUUGGGAUCUCAAGUCAGCUCAAAAAAUUGUUCAACUCCCUUCAUGCAAUCCCAGUAACCCUUCAAGUGUUAGCAACAGAGGGAUGUGCAUGGCACUUCAAUUGUUUUUAUCAUCGGAAUCACAAGGAUUUUUAAAUGUCUUGGCUGGAUAUGAAGAUGGUUCCAUGCUUUGGUGGGAUAUACGGAAUCCUAAAGUUCCAGUAACUUCUGUAAAAUUUCAUUCUGAGCCAGUUCUGAGCAUCUGUAUUGACGGGUCUUGCAAAGCGGGUAUCUCGGGAGCAGCGGAUGACAAAAUUAUAAUGUACAGCCUGGAUCAUUCUUCGGGUACUUGUGUAGUUAAGAAAGAAAUCAGUUUGGAACGACCAGGCAUAUCAGGCAUCUCAAUUCGACCUGAUGGAAAAAUUGCUGCAACUGCUGGCUGGGAUCACAGGGUGAGGAUAUACAAUUACCGCAAGGGAAAUGCUUUAGCUAUUUUGAAGUAUCACCAUGGCACAUGCAACGCUGUAACUUAUUCCUCUGAUUGUAAACUUAUGGCCUCUGCAUCGGAAGACACAACCGUGGGGCUAUGGGAAUUGUAUCCUCCUCGAAUAUGAUAGGAAUUCAAUGGUUAAGUAAUUUUGUGCUAAAAAUAUUUCCUUCUAGGUUUGCACUUGGUAUACCCUUAAAAUAGAAGCGUAUGUUUUUCUUUCUGAAGAGAUUAUUUAGCGUUAAUGAAUUUAAGUAUUCUUCUUUGGUA